UUAAUAAAACGAAAUAUGACGAUAAAAAAAUUUAAUCAUCAUUAACCGAGUUAUCGAUGGAUCUAUGACACUUUGGAGCUACAACAGUUCUGUACUUAUUGUUUCCUAAAUUUCAAAAGAGUCGUGGCAUGCGUUUCUUCCCGCAUGCUCUUAGUCUUUGUCUUUAUUCAUUAUGAAGUACCUCGGUCACUCAUAAGUUUUUCAGCAAUUGUUAAGCAUUGCAGAACAUCACAAUAUUCAAAAUGUUUCAAAUAUUCCUGCUAAGCUUCGCCGUCAUCUCCUCAGCCGACAAAAUGAGCCCCUUCAUAGUAGGAGGCAACGAGGUUUCAAUAAAGAACUGGCCCUUCGUUGCCUUCGUACAAAUAACUGGAAGCUAUGUGCCUGCGGCGUGUGGGGGCUCUCUCCUGAGCUCGCAAACUGUGCUCACAGCAGCUCACUGUCUAGACGACUUAAGCAAUAAAAAGAAAGUGAAAGGUGUCCAAUUCAGGAUUUUCAUGGGCCACACAUUAAUCACACGAGCGAAACUGACGCGAAGUGUCUUAGACUAUGAGACACACAGGAACUACUCACCUGUUGAUAGGAUCCCGCAAUUUGACAUCGGAAUCAUGUUCCUGUCGAGACCUGUCCAAUUCGGGCCCGAAGUUAAAAAGGCGAUUUUACAACGGAAGUUUAAUGCCAAUAUUGACAAGAAGUUGGCGGUGGCUGGGUGGGGUAGAACAGAUACAUACAAAUUUGGUGAUAUCAGCAAGAGGCUAAAAGCGGUCAUGGUGAAGCUGGAAACGAAUAAUAUAUGUAAACGUCUGACGGGAGUCAUCUGCACCCAACAUUUUAAAGAAUUUCCAUACACCGGGGACUCUGGUGGCCCUAUGGUAAAUGCCAAUAACCUUCUGCAACUUGGUAUAGUCUCUUUUCGACUUAUGAAGACGGGGACAUCAGGCUUUACCAGCAUACCGUAUUACUGGGAUUGGAUCAAUAAGACACAACUCAAAUUGUUCGAAAGAUUUUGCAAAACGGGAAAGUAAACUAUAGAUUUAACGUUUUUCUCAGACUGUCAAGAAAUUUCGUGGUGAUUUCUUCGUUUUUUUUGAGCUUAUAGUUUAUAUAUUCCAAUUUAACUUCAUGCAGCUAAGCCGGUCCGUAAACAUAUCGCCGCCGCAAAAUAUCUAAGUAUGUCAAAAAAUCAGAAAUAAUUUGUAUUGUAAGCACCUUCGGGUUUACCUUUUAGUUCCAGAGAAAAUCAUACAUAUUUUUCGAAAAACAAAUUAUAAUAAACUUUUUUAUUGGAUCAAAUUCACUUACAUUCAUGUUGCUAUAUAAUUACAGCCAAAUAAGGCUCUUUCAAUAAAAAACUAACAAUU